AUGGACAGAUGUCCCCAGCUGGGGCCCGGCGUGGCCGUGGGGCUGCUGGCGGGCAACGAGCCGAGCUUCCUCUGGGGCUGGCUGGGGCUGGCGGCGCUGGGCGCCCGGCCCGCCUUCCUGGGCACCGCGCUGCGCCCCGCCGCCCUCCGCCACUGCCUGCGCGCCUGCGGGGCGCGGGCGCUGCUCGUGGCCCACGACCUGUUUGCCACAGUGGAGCCCAUCCUGCCCAGCCUGCAGGAGGAGGAGGGCAUCACAGUGUGGGUGCUGGGCGCGGGACCCUACCCGCCUGGCGUCGUCGCCCUCCAGCCGCUCCUGGAUGAGGCCUCCGAGGAGCUGGCUCCUGAGGACGUCUGGGAGCCCGAGGACAUGGACGACACCUGCCUCUACAUCUUCACCUCGGGCACCACCGGGCUGCCCAAAGCUGCCCGCAUCAGCCACCGCAAGUGCAUCAUGUGCCUGAGCUUCUACGAGCUGGUGGGUGCCUGCAGCGAGGACGUGGUCUACAUAGCGCUGCCCCUCUACCACAUGGCCGGCUCGCUGCUGGGCGUCGUGGGCUGCAUCGGCAUUGGGGCCACCUGCGUGCUGAAGCAGAAGUUCUCAGCAAGCCAGUUCUGGGACGACUGCCGCGCCGAGGGCGUCACCGUCUUCCAGUACAUCGGGGAGCUCUGCCGCUACCUGGUCAACCAGCCGCAGCGCCCCGGGGAGCGGGAGCACGGGCUGCGGCUGGCGGUGGGCAGUGGGCUGCGCCCGGACGUGUGGCGAGCCUUCGUGCGCCGCUUCGGGGCCAUCCGCAUCGUGGAGACCUACGGCAUGACCGAGGGCAACGUCACCCUCUUCAACUACACGGGGACGCCGGGCGCUGUGGGGCGCAGCAGCUUCAUCUACAAGCUCUUCUCGCCCUUUGAGCUCGUGCGCUACGACGUGGCCGAGGGUGCCCCAGUGCGGGAUGCGGCCGGGCGCUGCAUCCGCGUGCGUCCUGGUGAGACAGGGCUGCUCAUCGCCCCGGUGACGCCGCGAACCCCCUUCCUGGGCUACGCCGGCAGUCGGGAGCUCUCGGAGCAGAAGCUGCUCCGGGGGGUCUUCACCGAGGGCGACACCUACUUCAGCACCGGUGACCUCAUGGAGCAGGAUGCGGCCCAGUUCGUCCGCUUCCGUGACCGCACUGGGGACACCUACAGGUGGAAAGGCGAGAACGUGGCCACCACCGAGGUGGCUGAGGCCCUGGUGGCCCACGCGGCCCUGCAAGAAGCCACCGUCUACGGCGUCAGUGUGCCAGGCCACGAGGGCCGCGCCGGGAUGGCGGCCGUGGUGCUGCGCCCCGGCUGCCGCCUGGACGGCGCCGGGCUCUACCGGCACCUGGAGGAGCUGCUGCCGCCCUACGCCCGGCCCCGCUUCCUCCGGCUGCAGGAGCGCCUGGCGAUCACGGAGACCUUCAAGCAGCAGAAGGUGCGGCUGGCGCAGGAGGGCUUCGACCCGGCCCGCGUCCCCGACCCCCUCUUCCUGCUGGACGAGGCCGCCAAAGCCUACGUGCCCCUCGGCCCCGCGCGCUGGGAGGACGUCGUCGCCGGCCGCCUCCGCAUCUAGGCUCUGCCGGGGGCCCGGCCCCGCGCCUGCCCCCCACCCCGGGGCGCCGGGACCCGCCGGCGCUGCGCCCUGCGCCCGCGGCCGCUCGCUGUCGGGCCGGAGGGCGAAUAAAGACGGUUUUGUAGCAAGCGUCGCUGCCUGCGUCUCCUGGCCUCGGGGGUCCCCGGGGCGCCGCUGGCCGAGCCUGGGGGCGCCGGGCUGCGAGGGAGGGUGCAGGACCCCCCCCCCCAACCCCUUCUGCCCCCCCCCCAAAAAAAGGGCAACAAUUCAGGGGGACCAAUCUCGCGCCCCCCCCCGGGGCUUCCCGCUCCGCCACGGAGCAUCCGCCUGGGAAGCGGCUUCUCCCCAUGGAAAGUGCCAGGAAGCGGCCUGUCGUGCCCCCCGCCCCCCGGGCUGGGGCACCGUGUCCCGCCGGUCGGGCGCGUCUCGGCCCCAAAGCAGCACACCAGCCUCGGAAAAAGUUAUAAAUCAUUCCUUUCUUUAUUAAACAUAGCUUGCAAGUGAUAAAUAUUA